CCCGUCCCCCUCCCCCCUCCUCCCCGCACACACCCUCGUGGAAAAGAGCCGCCGCGGCCCUACCUUUCCAGCCCUGAGGCCUGAAGUUCAGGUAUAUAUCGGGCGUGACCUUUUGUCCGUCCCCCCCGCCGGGCUCACUUAUUCCAACCGAACGGAGAUUUUGCCCUAUCGAAAUAUAGUCGACGACGUAUAAUACCACAUGUAGUUUUACGACGCCGAGAUGCAGAAGACAGAACUGGUCAUUGGAAUCGACUUCGGGACUACCCACUCAGGCGUCUCCUGGGCCCUCAACGACAACACGCGCGAAAUCCACAUAAUUGACAACUGGCACGACCCUGAGGCGGUGAACCGCACGGCGCACAAGGUUCCCACGGCGGUGACGUACGACACAAAGGCGCCGCACAAGCUGCAGCACUGGGGAUACCCCGCCAUCCGCCGGACCCGCGCGAACAAGAAGCGCAACUCCGAGCCGUUUACGUGGUUUAAAUUGCUGCUGCAGCCGCCGACGUACAGUGCUUCACCGGCGGCAGAGACGGGGGGAGGGGGUGGAGGGGGAGGCGGAGGUGGAGGUGGUGGUGGAGCAGAGCUGGCCAAAGUCCAGCAGCUGAUGACCGCGUACGGCAAGACGGUGAACACGGUGGUGGUGGACUUCCUCGGCGAGCUAUGGAAGAGCGUGCAGAAGGAGCUGAGCGCCAAGCUGCGGAAGGACUGGAUGGAGAUCUAUGAUUUCCGCGUUGUGCUCACGCUGCCCGCCGUGUGGACGCCGCAGACGAUUGGGCUCACGAGGGAGCUGGCGAAGCAGGCGGGGCUACCGGAGAAGCGCACUGAGUUGCUGCCGGAGCCGGAGGCUGCCGCGCUGGCUGUGCUGAAGACCACCACGGAAAGGUGCCAUCUGAAACAGGGCGAUGUGGUCACCGUUUGUGAUGCCGGUGGCGGCACGUGCGAUCUGAUCACGUACGAGAUCAUUACGCUGGAGCCGCUGCAGGUGAAGGAAUGCGUAAUCGGGGAGGGCGGGUUCUGCGGCUCCGUCUACCUCGACUACGCCUUCGAAGCGUUCGUACGCAAGCUGGUGGGACCCACGCAGUACAAGAACCUCGACCAGCGUGACAAGCACGACAUGAUGCGGCGCUGGGAGAUGGGGAUCAAGCCGAUUGUCGAGUACAACCACAAAAAGACGGGCCGGCUCACUAUCGACCUAAGAGGAGUGAAGGAUAAUAUCCCGCAGGGGAUAAAUGAUGAGACUAUUACGCUCAAGCCGAAGGAUUUGAACGCCGCGGUCUUCCACCCCACCUGCGAGAAAGUCCAACGACUGGUGGAGCGUCAGCUGGCCAUGUUCACAGACAGCAAACGCACGCAAGCGGUGCUCCUAGUCGGCGGCUUCGGCGAGAGCAAUUAUCUGUACGAAAAGCUGGUAGCCCGCUUCGGCAAGAUGGUGCUGAAAGGCGACAAUGCCUGGUCCGCGGUCUGCCGUGGCGCAACAAUGUGGGGCCUCGAGCGAUGCCGGAGCCGCGACAGCAGCGAGAAGAUCCCGAUGAUCCAAUCUCGGGUAUCGCGGUACUCGUACGGGAUCGUGAAGAUGCCGGUCUUCGACCCGACGGAGCACCAAGCGAACGAGACGAUCUGGGACAGCGCGGAUGGGUUCUGGCGCGCGCAGACGAUCGAGUGGCUGCUCAAGAAGGGCGACGAGAUCAAGGACGGCAGAAAAGUCCGCGUCGAGGAGCAGAGAACAAUACAGGUCCGCUUGUUCGACUUUGGCUGCAGGAAGUUCUAUGACAUGUUCCUCUACUGCGCCAACGAUAAUCCGCCGUCGUCGUUUACCAAUGAAGUCAAAGCCCUCGGCUACCUCCCGUGGGAAGUGGACUGCAAGCGGGUGCGCUGGUACGAAAAGGGCAUAAACGAACCGUACACGGGCAAGCGCUGCCGGAAGUUCAAGUACACGCUCGAGCUGUCGCUCGGGCCCGCCACGAUGGAGCUUGGAGCGCAGUACCGAGGGAAGAAGGCGGGCAUGGUCGAGAUGCCCUACGAUAAGGAGUUUGAUGUCGACGCUGCAGUGGGGGAGGGCGCCGUGGACUGUUUUGGUGAUACAAUGUGACCGGCAGAAUGCAAGCGCCAGCGCAACGUUGGACGAUAUGAUUUCACCAACCGUCAACCUGGGGAGGUAGGCGGGUAUUUCCCAUCAUAGUAGUUGUCUGUAUUCUAGCGAUUUCCUUAUGUUUAUGGGUUGGGGUUUUGGGUGGGGGUUCGGUCUGUUUGGUCUGCUUUUUUGCUCUGUAUUUAUGGAUGAGGGAGUUUUGAAUUGGACGGUUUUUUUGGGGUUCAUCAUAUUGCACUCGGCCAUUUUCCCGGUUAUGGCAUCGGAAGUUACUUACUUGUGUCCCCAUCGGGGGCGGCGGGAGCGGGAGCGGGAUCGGGGGCAGGGAUGGGGAACGAGAAUGUACGAGUGCCAGUGCAAGUGCGGUUUGCUUCGUUCAUGUUCAAUACUCAUUCCUUUUAGCUUUCUCAUUUGCCGCGUCCACACUGGCGUGCAGGCGGGAGGGGGAAGGUAACGGACUCUAUGUAUGUGUGUAUUCUACUAGUAUUUGGAACUA